CAUGCACGCACCGGAGCGCAUGCUGGGUUGAAGGAGCCAGUAGAUACCGAAGUCUCUCCCUCCUCCUCCUCCCCUCCUCCUCACUUCCUCUUCGAUCUCCUUCUCAAUCUCAACCUGCUCCUUGCUCUUCGCUCAGCUCCACUGCAACGACUUCGCCUCUUCGCUGUCAAGGUUUUUGCUCUACUGAGGCUGGACUGUAAGGUUGUCCCCCCUUGUCUUCCCCUGCUUGUCCAAAACAAGUUGCUGCGCCAUGCCCACAACCAAAGAUUUUAAGCUCGAGGAGCUAUCGAAAUAUUUUCACAUGCCUGAGAAGGCUGUGGCCAAGGAGCUGGGUAUCUGCCUGACGUCCUUGAAAAAGCUGUGCCGCUCCUACGGCAUCACGCGAUGGCCGUUCAGAAAGCUCAAGUCAAUUCAGCGCACCCUUGCAAAGGUGCAAGACGAGACUUCGCCUGGUAUGGCUUCUCAGAUUCAGAAUGCUGGUCUAGGCCAGGAUGCCGCCAGUAAGGAUGCUCCAAAGCCCGUACCAGGGUCACAUCCACAACCGAUUGAAGGAGAAGGACAUACGCCUUCAUCGAGUGGACGAGGUGGUGUUGUCAAGAAACGAAAAGCGUACCAGGUUAUCACUCUGAGCGCGAGAGGUUUCCGAUGUUUUAAGGAGGCAUCUUGCAGUUGGGGGGCAAGACCCUGAUGUUGACCGAAGAAGAGAAGAGCAUCUAUGAGCUGACAAUCGGUAAAUCAGGACCGAUUUGAAGGUUUCUCCUGCUGCUGCUGCUGCUGCUGCAUCGAGCUCUUCAUACAAUCUGGCGAACGUACAAUCAUCG